AUGGUGUUUUAUUUGUCCCGUGUGGUGUUGGUUGUUAUGACAACUCUGGCUGGCAUAACGUGGGCAGACUUCACCUGUGUUCCUCCACCUACAAGGGCAGGGGUUUCUCCAGCCAGGCCCUCUAUCCUGGAAUCGAUGAACGACUUCCAGGCCCGUAUAGAGGUCAAUGUCCUCGACAAGAACUACAGCAUGGUGGUGGAUGAGUACCUGGACUACACGGGGAACAGGGGGGCGCUGGUGGCGUACAGGCAGGGGGUCAAGGAAAUGGUGCUGUAUUCUUACGUGACUGGUGAAGUGUUCCACGUUAAUUUAGCAGACAAGAGCUGCGUCACCAAAAACAUCAGUGACGACUCCAACAGUUUUAUUUUUGGACCGUUUAGCUUGGGGAACCCCGGGGAUCCCCAAAAACAUAUUUUUAGCAGCGCCCAGGCUUUGAAAUUUGCUGCUAACGCCAAUGACAUUUACCUGGGCACCAAGAAUGUCCGUGGUAUACCCGCCGACGUCUGGACGACAUGCCUGCCUUGGCCUUCAGUGUCGGGUCAAGUGAAUGCGACGUUCUACUUCAGUGUCCCAGGGUGGAACGUGUCAGGGCCAAUCCAACAAGUCCCACUGAGGAUUGAGGUCGAGGGAGACUCGGAUGUUGCCCAGUACGGCGUCACCCUCGGGACGACCCUGGCCCCUGGGUCGAAGAGACACUUCCAUCACAUCUACGACUUCAUCGCUGCGACCCCUCCAUAUUUGAGGUAG